AUGAACUUCACCCAGCACUAUGGAGUCCACGAACAUCUUGGCUCAUGGAAUCGCAGCUACGGACUACGUGGCGGGGGAGGCACGAAUCGAUCCCUGGGGAAGGCUUACUCUUCGGAAGGGUGCUACGAGCAACUUUUCGUCUCGCCCGAAGUGUUUGUCAUGCUCGGCUUUGUCAGCUUGCUGGAGAACGUGCUGGUGAUUGUGGCCAUCGCCAAGAACAAGAACUUGCAUUCGCCGAUGUAUUUCUUCAUCUGCAGCUUGGCGGUGGCCGACAUGCUGGUGAGCGUCUCCAACGGGUCGGAGACCAUCGUCAUCACCCUGCUGAACAACACCGACGCAGAUGCGCAAGGCUUCACCGUCAGCAUCGACAACAUCAUCGACUCGGUCAUCUGCAGCUCUUUGCUCGCCUCCAUCUGCAGCCUGCUCUCCAUUGCUGUGGACAGGUAUUUCACCAUCUUCUACGCUCUCCAGUAUCACAACAUCAUGACGGUGAGGCGUGUGUUUAUCAUCAUCACCUGCAUCUGGGCUGCUUGCACCAUCUCGGGCAUUCUGUUCAUCAUUUACUCCGACAGCAGCGCCGUCAUCAUUUGCCUCAUCACCAUGUUCUUCACCAUGCUGGUCCUCAUGGCUUCUCUCUAUGUCCACAUGUUCCUGCUGGCCCGGCUGCACAUUAAGAAGAUUGCCAUCCUCCCCGGCAGUGGCCCAAUACGCCAGGGCGCCAAUAUGAAGGGGGCCGUCACCCUGACCAUCUUGAUUGGCGUCUUUGUUGUGUGCUGGGCUCCGCUCUUCCUUCACUUGCUCUUCUACAUCUCUUGCCCUCACAACCCUUACUGCAUCUGCUUCAUGUCCCACUUUAACCUGUACCUCAUCCUUAUCAUGUGCAACUCCAUUAUCGACCCUCUUAUCUACGCAUUCCGGAGUCAAGAGCUGAGGAAAACCUUCAAGGAGAUCAUGUGCUGCUGUAGCUUGCGAGAGCUCUGCGAUUUCUCUGGCAAAUACUGAGUGGAUGUGGCUCAGCUACCACACAGACACACACUUGCCACUUUUAAGGCUGUCUUGGCUACAUCCAUAACAACGAACCUCUUUCUACUGUAGUUAUUAAUUGCAUCUUUCCUCCUUCUCGCUUGUCAUGCUUCAAGUGCGAUUAUUUCAAUGUCAAAGCAGUGGUGGUGAUUGGAAAUGUUCUGACAGACUGCAAUUAAAGGAACAAUGUGAACUUAUUUUUGAAACUGUCAGACACCAAUAAAUGGAUGCUGAGGGUUGUGAAGAAACAAUUGCCUUAUAAAUGCACAUAACUGUGCAGAUAUAAAACUGUACAGCCCUGUUCUUAGACUUGCUCCAUUACACUGCAUUUGUUCAAGAGCUGGAGCUGGUUUAUGCCUCACACCCAUGUUGCUAAUUUUAAUUAAAUACUAGUGGGCAUUAUUACAGGGCUCUGUUUUUAUUCCACACUGAGCUCAAAUGUAUAUUAAAGAGGCAUCAUGUUAUGGCAUCAAACUAGCUAAAGUUAGAUAGAACUAGCAA